AUGAGCAAAGGAAAAUUUUUAGGUGAGUAUGAAAAAGGACAGAUUGAUGCUUAUUUUCUAAUAGAAAUAAAUAUUAAGCAAAUUGGUUUAAUGUUGGACAGGAUUAGAACUGCAAUCAGAAAUUACCUGACCUCAAUGGAUCUUAUUAAAAGCUUAAUAAAAAAGGCAGGAAAAGGGUUCUUUUCUUUUAAGGCAAUAAAAAAAUUCGAAGUAUGGGUUCUUUAG